AUGAAGUGUUUGUGUUUUAUCGUGCUUUUAGCGAUUGUGAUCGCACAAAGCUAUGUAGGAGUAGAAGCUGCGCCAAGUGAUGGGUUCGUGAGCAGAAAUGGCGUCCAAUUUAUUCUAAAUGGGAAACCAUUUUACGCUAAUGGCUUCAAUGCUUACUGGCUCGCGUACGAAGCUACCGAUCCGACCACAAGAUUUAAGAUCACUAAUGUGUUUCAAAACGCAACUAGUCUCGGUUUGACCAUCGCCCGCACCUGGGGGUUCCGCGAUGGCGCCAUAUACCGCGCUCUCCAAACAGCCCCUGGUUCCUACGAUGAACAAACGUUUCAGGGUUUGGAUUUUGUGAUAGCCGAAGCAAAAAGAAUCGGUAUAAAAUUGAUAAUCCUCCUUGUCAAUAAUUGGGAUGACUACGGAGGGAAAAAACAAUACGUGGAUUGGGCUAGAAGUAAAGGCGAAGUGGUAUCUUCCAAUGACGAUUUCUACAGAAACCCAGUUAUUAAAGAUUUCUACAAGAACCACGUCAAGACUGUGUUAAACAGAGUGAAUACAUUUACUAAAGUUGCAUACAAAGAUGAACCCGCCAUUAUGGCUUGGCAGCUUAUGAACGAGCCACGAUGCGGUGUGGAUAAGAGUGGAAAAACCCUUAUGGAUUGGAUUAAUGAAAUGGCUCCUUUUGUAAAAUCAGUUGAUCCAAACCAUCUCCUCUCUACUGGUCAUGAAGGUUUCUAUGGUGAUUCAUCUCCUGAAAGAAAGAAUUCUCUAAAUCCAGUUUCAGCCAACACAGUUGGAGCUGAUUUCAUAGCUAAUCACAAUAUCGAUGCCAUUGAUUUCGCAUCGAUGCACUGUGGAAGUGACUUAUGGUUUCAAAGGUUGGAUCAGAACUCUCGACUGGCCUUCAUAAAAAGAUGGCUUGAAGGCCACAUCGAAGAUGCGCAGAACAUUCUUAAAAAACCUGUAAUUCUAGCAGAAUUUGGGUUAGGAUCGGACACACCACGUUACACUCUGGCUAAUAGAGACGGCGUGUUCACCACAACAUAUGACAUCAUUUACGCAUCUGCGCAAAAAGGCGGUUCGGCCGCGGGAGCAUUGUUUUGGGAGGUUAUUAGCGAAGGCAUGAGCAACUUUGCAGGUCCCUCCUCCAUUAUACUUAGUGACAAGUCGUCGACGGUUAAUAUUAUAAGUGAGCAUGCACGAAAGAUGGGUUUGCUUGGUGAGACCACAAGAAAGUAA